AUGUUCAAAUUAACAUAUAACAUGGAUGAGUUAGGAAAAUCCAUGGAGAUGCAAAACGAUGUCGCGGUGAUAUUUGCUAAGCAUGUCAUCGCUACGGUGGCUAACAGCACCAACCUCGUCUUCUCACCAACGUCAAUCAACGUUUUGCUCUGUCUCAUUGCUGCUGGCUCCAGUUCCUUUGCCAAAGAACGAAUCCUCUCGUUCCUCAUGUUGCCGUCAUCGGAUCACCUCAACGCAGUCUUGGCCAAGACCAUAUUCGUUAACCUCGCCGAUAGCGGCGAGAGAAGUAAUAUUGUGCGUUUCUCAGCCGCUUAUAGUGUCUGGAUCGACAAAUCUCUCUCCUUCAAGCCUUCCUAUAAAGAGCUUUUGGAUAACUCUUACAAGGCUACUUCCAGUCAAGUUGACUUCGCAUCCAAGCCUGGUGAAGUGAUUGAUGAAGUGAAUGCAUGGGCUAAAUUCAAAACCAAUGGAGUCGUUACGCAGAUUUUUUCACCCAAUUCUAUCGAGCAUAUUCGUGAAAGCAAGCUCAUACUUGCAAAUGCAAUGUAUUUCAAAGGAUCUUGGAGCGAAAGCUUCGAUGCAAAGUUGACAAUAGAUUACGAUUUUCGUCUUCUUGACGGCACAUCUGUGAAAGUUCCCUUCAUGACCAAUGGCCAAGACCAAUACCUAAACAGCUAUAGUGGUUUCCAAGUUUUGCGCCUCCCUUAUGUAAAGGAUCAUCCUCACUUCUCCUUCUCCAUGUACAUUUAUCUUCCUAAUGAUAGAGACGGCUUACAUGCACUGCUUGAGAAAAUAAGCUCGAAACCAGGGUUUCUUGAUGAUCGUAUUCCACGCCGCCGUAGAUCAGUGGGUGCUUUUGGAAUUCCAAAGUUUAAGUUCUCUUUUGAGUUUGAAGCUUCGGAUGUUUUGAAGGAUAUGGGGCUGACUUCGCCGUUUACUCGUGGAGGUAGCUUAACGGAGAUGGUUGAUCCGCCUAGCAUGGCUGAGAAUCUGUACGUCUCAAAGAUUCUUCAUAAAGCGUGCAUUGAGGUGGAUGAAAAGGGAACUGAAGCUGCAGCCGUUUCUGUUGCACUCAAGAUGGUGGCGGGUUGUUCGCUACAUAAAUCGAGAAAACCAGAUUUUGUAGCUGACCAUCCAUUUCUAUUUACUGUGAGAGAAGACAAGAGUGGAAUGAUUAUGUUCAUGGGUCAAGUUCUUGAUCCUUCGAAACAUUGA